AUGUGGAAUCCUCCGAAUGUAUGGUUUUGUAUAUAUUUUUAUUUAUUUACAACAAAUCCCUCGCCUGUUAGGGGGUAUCAGCGAGGAUUGUUUGAAUAUGAAUAUAUGGGUACCGGCAAAUCACGAUGGUUCCGUUCUCGUUUGGAUUUUCGGAGGAGGUUUAUCUUUCAGGCCGUUCUCCUCGCUGACCUUUACGACGGCACGGCACUGGCGGCUAAGAAACACGCAAUAGUAGUGAACAUAAACUAUCGAUUGGGACCAUUCGGUUUUCUCUCCGCGGUGAGCUGA